GCUUUCCUGACCAACGCUCCUCCAUCUGCCAUUCUUGUAGCCCCACGGAAGGUUCUUCUGUCUGAACGCUGAAGGGAGAGCCUUGGGGACAGUGGGGGAGUCGUGGCUACCCAAAGGCUGUGUGGGACUCCUGGUACUGCAUAUGGAUGAGACAGGCAGAUGACAGUGAAAGAGUUCUUAGCAAAAGCCAAAGAAGAUUUUCUUAAAAAAUGGGAAAAUCCUGCUCAGAAUACAGCCCAUUUGGAUCAGUUUGAACGAAUCAAGACCCUUGGCACGGGCUCCUUCGGGCGGGUGAUGCUGGUGAAACACAAGGAGACAGCGAACCACUUCGCCAUGAAGAUCCUGGACAAACAGAAGGUGGUGAAGCUGAAACAGAUCGAACAUACCCUGAAUGAGAAGCGUAUCCUGCAGGCGGUCAACUUUCCGUUUCUCGUCAGACUCGAGUUCUCCUUCAAGGACAACUCGAAUUUAUACAUGGUCAUGGAGUACGUGCCUGGUGGGGAGAUGUUCUCACAUCUGCGGCGGAUCGGAAGGUUCAGCGAGCCCCAUGCCCGCUUCUAUGCUGCCCAGAUCGUCCUGACCUUUGAAUACCUGCACUCCCUCGAUCUCAUCUACCGGGACCUGAAGCCGGAGAACCUUCUCAUUGACCAGCAGGGCUACAUUCAGGUGACAGACUUUGGUUUCGCCAAGCGUGUGAAAGGCCGCACCUGGACCUUGUGUGGGACCCCUGAGUACCUGGCCCCUGAGAUCAUCCUGAGCAAAGGCUACAACAAGGCUGUGGACUGGUGGGCCCUGGGGGUUCUCAUCUAUGAGAUGGCCGCCGGCUACCCACCCUUCUUCGCUGACCAGCCCAUCCAAAUCUACGAGAAGAUUGUCUCUGGGAAGGUACGGUUCCCAUCCCACUUCAGCUCUGACCUAAAGGAUUUACUGCGCAACCUACUGCAGGUGGACCUCACCAAGCGCUUUGGAAACCUCAAGAAUGGGGUCAAUGACAUCAAGAACCACAAGUGGUUUGCCACAACUGACUGGAUCGCUAUCUACCAGAGGAAGGUGGAAGCUCCCUUCAUACCAAAGUUUAAAGGCCCUGGGGACACAAGUAACUUUGACGACUAUGAGGAAGAAGAAAUCCGAGUCUCCAUCAAUGAGAAGUGUGGCAAGGAGUUUUCUGAGUUUUAGGGGUGUGCCUGUGCCCCCAAGGGUUUUCUUUUUUUUUUUUU